AUGGAGGCAGAGCAGCUCACGUGCCCACCUUGCCAGGAGGCCCCCCAGGACCCCACAAAUCCCGAGACCCCCUCCCUCCCUAUGACCCCGGAGGCCACGGCGACCCUAGAGGUCGCCGGGGCCCCCAAAGGCCCUGGCAACCUGGAGACGGCUCCUGAGGGCAGUGCGUUGCUGGAGGCCGAAGUGGCGUCGGGGUCUGUGAAGGUCGGCCCAGCAUCGCCACCACAGGAGGCCCCCUGCAAGGCCGAGGGGCCGCCCGCAGUGACAGCAGAGGCUGUGCUGGAGGAGACAGUCACGCAGUUGAUAGAGCCUGGCAAAGUGGAGGAAGCCGAAUUGUCUGCAGUUCAGGAGCUGCUGCCACAUUCGGUGAACAAGAAGAAGUUUGCCAAGCUGCUAGUGCAGCUCAUGGAGUCGCUAAGUGACUUCGCCAGCCCGAGGAGAAACUGGCGGCGCUCUGCAGCAGAUACACAGAGUGGAGUCACCCCAUGCAGUCUCUGCUGCGUCACCACGCUUGUCACUCAGUCUCUGCAGGCCCGGUCAUCGCGCCAGCUUGCCGCCGCCGCGUCCCACGAACGUGACCUCCUGCGCACUGACAACCACCGCCUGCUGCUUAUGAAGGGGAAACUCGAGACUCUGUGCAGGGAGCUGCAGCGCAACAACAAGCAACUGCUGGACGAGAGCCUGGAGCGCGUGCACGCGGAGGAGAAGAAGCGGCGCGAGAUGACGGAACACUUUCAGGCGACGCUCGACAACAUCCGCAAGCAGAUGGAGCUGAACGAGGGCCGCAGCGACCGGCUCCGCGGCGAAAACCAGGAGCUGGCGGAGCGGCUGAGCACGCUGCUGCGAGACUAUGCGCAUCGGGAGGAGCAAGUGGCGAAGAUCCUCCAGUACCGGGAGCUGCAGCAGCAGCUAUCGGCCGUGAAGCUGCAGGAGGAGUCGGAGCUGCGGCGCGAUGGCGAGCAGCGGCACGAACGUGACAAGGAGUUUCUGCUGCACCAGGCGGCUGAGAGCAAGCUGGUGCUGAAGGUUAUGGAGGAGAAGGAGGAGGCUCUGAAGAGACAGCUGCUGCUUUACACGCAGAGGAUUUCCGAGUUUCAGGAGAUGCUGACCAAGAGCAGCAAGAGCUUCUCCACCUUCCGCGGCGAAAUGGACCAGAUGACAAAGAAGAUCAUGAAGCUGGAGAAGGAGGCAAUGGUGUGGAAGGAGCGCUGGCAGCAGAGCAGCCGGGCCCUGCUGGACAUGACUGAAGAGAAAGUUCGUGCGUGACAAGGAGAUGGAAUGCCUGCAGCUGAAGCUGCAGCGUUUGGAGCGACUGUUGCGGGCCCUGCAGAGCGAGCGCGGCGACCUGGCGUCCCUGCGUCAAACAACUAAUGAGCCAGAUCAAUGGCAACGCUCCCAGCGGCGAAAGCAGUCGCGAGCUGCGACCUCCCCGCAGACGAUGCGCCGGCUGUGCAGCUCGCCGAGCCAGCUUGGCAGCGAGGCGGACGAGCUCGCCGGUUUGGUAUCGGGCGACCUCGUUGGUAUGGCUAUGGGGGUUUGUGUUCUCACGGACUCUGCAUCCUGUGCGCUUGACCAGUUCUCCUGGGAGCUCACCGAUUCUAAAUUUCCGGUUUGUGAUGCCACCGGCUCGUCAGCUUGCGAAGCAAUGCCAAGCCCCCGUGCACGGCGCCAGCAGUCUGUGCUCCCCCCCCGACGAGAUCGGCGAGAAGUGCCCAGACAUGUCCGGUGACGGUAGUCAGCCGCUCGUGGGUUUAGCGCAGCUACCGGCACUGUGUCCUGCUCCGGUAUUGCGAAGAGGUGGCGACGGUUUCAGUGAUAACGCUGCAGGGCAAAUACUGACCUCGCUGCACGUCAGUAAUACUGACACCGUGGAGAAGUGCGUUGAUCCGAAAGUUGGCAGGGUUGAGUCAGACACCACCAGCGCAAACCCAGGACGAGGUAGCGGGUAAGGUGGAACGAGACGUUGGUGGUAACCCGAACACAGAAGCCGGCGAAGACGAUUCUCGCGCAGGUAAUGUUGCACUUAGUGUCAGUGAAGCAGAAGGUAAGCUGUCAGUGAAGCAGCCAGAGCCCGAGGUGCAUGCUGUAGUGCGCAACAGUGCUUUCGAUAGCCUGCAGGCAUCGUGCCAGAAGCUGGAAGAGUCUUUCUCCCUCAUUAACGCCAUGUGCCAGCAGUCGCAGGGCUUUCUGAAUGCUCGCAAGCAGACGGCUGGUGCGGUACUGGAGGAGGUAGUGAACGGCUCUUUAACCGGGACGCCAUUGCUACUUGCUGUCGAAAGGAAAGGUUGGAGGCAUCUCCCAAAGAAGGCAACCUUAUCCUUUUCUCCGACCAGCAGGGCACAGUAGAACUAAGCAGCAGCAGCAUUAGCACUGUGGAGUCACCAUCAGACCAGGGCGUGAGCUCAUCAGCAUCACGUUAGAGGAUAAUCUAUCUCGGUCUCGCAGACAACUUGCUCCAUCGCUCACACCCUAGAGUAGGAUCACCAAAUCUGUUACAUGGUACACCAAGCUGGGACACGUUCCUCAGUAAGCCUAGGUCUGUUAUCAAAAUAGCACAGCAGACUGCACUAUAGUUCCAACACGGUGACAUCGGUGCCAGAUCUCGGUUACAAAUCGAUUUCUGACCAUCUAACAAAGAUGUAAAUUCCCGGAUUCUCCGGGUCAGACUCAAGUAAGCUGGUCCUGCCACCCAAGUGACUUCUCUGAUUGAGGCUCUGGUCGGGGUUACCACCAAGAACCAGCUGCUUGGGUCACCAUGGCUACUAGGGUUGCACGGCGAUACUACGAUAAUAUGAGGUGCACAGUGAUUAUAUUGCUUUGCAAAAGAUCGUCAUAUCACGCAUUUCAUUUUCCAAUUUUUUAUCACGAUAAUAAAAUAUCAAAUAGCAAGAACAAAGUUCACAACUAUAAUAAUACAUGAAAAAGAAGUUGCUCAUCAUUAAUUCAGCACUUUGUAAAACGUUGCUCGGGUUGAUGGGCACGGGGGGUGGGGGUUAUGUGAUGUCAUCAUGUUCCGACAGCGCAUGCGUGACAAGUGCGACAGACUGUGAAGUCACAAUGAUUCUACGACUUAUAGCAGCCUCAAUAUUGAGUGAACUGCAGUUAAAGAAUUUGUGUGUGGUGAUCUUUAUUUCUUAUGUGAAGAAAAGCAAAGCGCAAAGUAACGACGUGAUGCGAAAAUGUAUUACAAAGUUGAGGGAAAACCACGAUAAAUCGUCACAGCAUGAUAUGAGAAUCUUACAUUUUUAAGGAUAUUUAAGGCCGUAUCAUAUUGCAUUGUGAGAGAUUAUAUUGCGACAACCCUAAUGGAUAAGCCAGGUGAGGACUCAAGAGAGAAGGAUAUCAGUCUAAUUUGUAAGAGGGACCUGGGUCACCAAAUUAACAAAAAAGCACAGCAACGUAUAGCAAUAAAGCAAAGAGAAAUCAGGCUAAACAACCAAACAGAAAUCAGAGCAGAGACAGCCAGAUAAAGAUCAGAACAGACAAUCAGAUAGAAAUCAGAGCAGACGGCCAGAUAGAGAUUGGCUCAAAUGCAACCGCAACAUACAAGAAAAACAGUGCACAAACGUAGAGGCGUUGAAAAUUAAAUAUAUGUUCUCUUACAAAAGGACAUUUACCAUUACGGUUAUGGUAAAAGUGAGUUACAAAAACAUCCCAAUUGAUUUUGCGUGAUUAUUGCACUACUGUUGUAUGUAAACAUACGAGGACAAGCGUCUACUACUGUACCUGGCUGCCUUUGUCUCUGCACUAAGCCAGCUUUAGAAUAGUCCUUAGGUCUUUCGGCAUCUCUGGAAAUUACACGCCGAGUACGGACGUUGAAAGUACUAGCAGGGUGCACAUUCAGCCUGCACGUGAAUGUGUGUAUAAACAACUUGUUUUACCUAAUUUCUCUUUGUUAAUAUAUUGGCUUCUUCCCCCUGGCCCGAAGAAGUCCAGGACAUUACACCUCUUUCUUUCAGUGAUGGUUUUAUUCACAGAUAAGCAUACAAUUAUAUAUCAAUGGAGUCCGUGAACGUAAACAAACCACUGGUUAACACUGCGACAAUACGCAGGCGUGAAGACUUCUGUGCAGCCCCUGCUAUUCCAAGUUAUAAUAAACUCGAGAGAGAA